UCGUGUAGCCCCCGCCUGCGCCGCAGCUUGACCCCGGGCUGGGUCCCGAACCCCGGGGGCUUUGCUCAGCAGGGGCCGCGAGGCCGGCCGCCUGCCACGCCCCUGCCCUUCCUGGGGCGCCCCCUGUUCGCCGUGGCCCCCGGAGACCGAGCGCUGUCCCUGGAGCGGGCCCGGGGCACCGGGGCGGCUGGGGCGGCUUCUGCACGCUCUGGCCGGAGGAGACGCAGUGGAGCGGAUGAGGAGAGCGCGGAGAGGGGCGAGGGUGCAAGUCGAAGCCCCCGGGGAGUGCUGAGGGACGGAGGGCAGCAGAAGCCUGGGACUCUGGAACGGGACCCGGACAAAGCCACUCGCUUCCGGCUGGAGGAGCUGAGACUGACCAGCACCACGUUCGCGCUGACAGGCGACUCAUCACACAACCAAGCCAUGGUUCACUGGUCUGGCCACAACAGCAGCGUGAUCCUCAUUUUGACAAAGUUCUAUGACUAUAACCUGGGGAGCAUCACUGAGAGCUCGCUUUGGAGGUCAACUGAUUAUGGGACAACCUAUGAGAAACUGAAUGAUAAAGUUGGAUUGAAAACUAUUUUGAGCUAUCUCUACGUCUGUCCUACCAACAAGCGUAAGAUUAUGUUACUCACAGACCCAGAGAUUGAAAGCAGUUUAUUGAUCAGCUCAGACGAAGGGGCAACCUAUCAAAAGUACCGACUGAAUUUCUACAUCCAGAGCUUGCUCUUCCACCCGAAACAAGAGGACUGGAUUCUGGCAUACAGCCAAGACCAAAAGUUAUACAGCUCUGCUGAGUUUGGGAGAAGGUGGCAGCUUAUCCAGGAAGGGGUCGUACCAAACAGAUUCUAUUGGUCGGUGAUGGGGUCUAACAAGGAACCAGAUCUUGUACAUCUUGAGGCCAGAACUGUGGAUGGUCAUUCGCAGUACCUGACAUGCCGAAUGCAGAACUGCACAGAGGCCAACAGACACAGGCCCUUCCCCGGCUACAUUGACCCUGACUCUUUGAUUGUCCAGGACGAUUAUGUGUUUGUUCAGCUGACGUCGGGAGGACGGCCGCACUACUACACGUCCUUCCGGAGGAAUGCCUUUGCCCAAAUGAAGCUACCCAAAUACGCUUUGCCUAAGGACAUGCAUGUGAUCAGCACAGAUGAGAACCAAGUGUUCGCAGCUGUUCAAGAAUGGAACCAAAAUGACACGUACAACCUCUACAUCUCAGACACCCGGGGUGUCUACUUCACCCUGGCCUUGGAGAACGUGCAGAGCAGCAGAGGCCCUGAGGGUAACGUCAUGAUCGACCUCUAUGAGGUAGCAGGGAUAAAGGGAAUGUUCUUGGCUAACAAGAAGAUUGACAACCAAGUGAAGACCUUCAUCACAUACAACAAAGGCAGAGACUGGCGUUUGCUGCAGGCACCAGACACGGACCUAAGGGGAGACCCUGUGCAUUGCUUACUGCCCUAUUGUUCACUACACCUUCACCUUAAGGUUUCUGAGAAUCCCUACACUUCAGGGAUCAUCGCCAGCCGAGACACAGCUCCCAGCAUCAUCGUGGCUUCAGGUAACAUCGGUUCUGAAUUAUCAGACAGCGACAUCAGCAUGUUUGUCUCCUCAGAUGCCGGGAACACUUGGAGGCAGAUCUUUGAAGAAGAGCACAGUGUUCUGUAUUUGGAUCAAGGUGGCGUACUGGUUGCUAUGAAGCACACCUCCCUCCCGAUUCGACACCUCUGGUUGAGUUUUGAUGAGGGGAGAUCUUGGAGCAAAUACAGUUUCACAUCUAUUCCACUUUUUGUGGAUGGGGUUCUGGGUGAGCCUGGGGAAGAGACGCUAAUCAUGACCGUAUUUGGACACUUCAGUCACCGCUCUGAAUGGCAGCUGGUUAAAGUGGACUACAAGUCCAUCUUUGAUAGACGAUGUGCCGAGGAGGACUACAGACCUUGGCAGCUACACAGCCAGGGGGAAGCAUGCAUCAUGGGAGCAAAAAGGAUAUAUAAGAAACGAAAGUCAGAGCGGAAAUGCAUGCAAGGAAAAUAUGCAGGAGCUAUGGAAUCUGAGCCCUGUGUCUGCACCGAGGCCGAUUUUGACUGUGACUAUGGCUAUGAGCGGCACAGCAGUGGCCAGUGCCUGCCUGCGUUUUGGUUCAAUCCAUCCUCUUGGUCAAAGGACUGCAGCGUGGGACAGAGUUACCUCAACAGCACAGGGUAUCGGAAGGUGGUUUCCAAUAAUUGCACUGAUGGCGUGAGAGAACAGUACACUGCCAAACCCCAGAAGUGCCCGGGAAAGGCGCCCCGGGGGCUCCGGAUAGUCACCUCUGAUGGGAAACUGACAGCAGAACAAGGGCACAAUGUCACACUCAUGGUCCAGCUGGAAGAGGGUGACGUGCAGAAGACUCUCAUCCAGGUGGACUUUGGGGAUGGCAUCGCCGUGUCUUACGUCAACCUCAGCUCCAUGGAAGAUGGGAUCAAGCAUGUGUAUCACAACGUGGGCAUUUUCCGAGUGACCGUGCAGGUGGACAACAGUCUGGGGUCUGACAGCGCCGUCCUGUACUUACAUGUAACUUGUCCCCUGGAACAUGUGCACCUGUCUCUCCCCUUCGUCACCACAAAGAACAAGGAGGUCAACGCUACAGCUGUGCUGUGGCCCAGCCAAGUGGGCACCCUCACCUACGUGUGGUGGUACGGGAACAACACUGAGCCCUUAAUCACUUUGGAGGGAAGCAUAUCCUUCAAGUUUACUUCUGAAGGGAUGAACACCAUCACGGUGCAGGUGUCAGCUGGGAAUGCCAUCCUACAGGACACGAAGACCAUCGCAGUCUACGAGGAGUUCCGAUCUCUCCGCCUGUCCUUUUCUCCAAAUCUGGACGACUACAACCCUGACAUCCCAGAAUGGAGGAGGGACAUCAGCCGGGUCAUCAAAAAGUCCCUGGUGGAAGCCACAGGGGUUCCAGGCCAGCACAUGUUGGUGGCAGUGCUUCCCGGCCUGCCCACUGCUGCUGAGCUCUUUGUCUUGCCUCAUCAAGAUCCCACAGGAGAAAGCAAAAGGUCGGCUGAGAACCUGGAACAGAUAUCAGAGCUGCUGAUCCACAAGCUGAACCAAAACUCCGUGCACUUUGAGCUGAAGCCUGGAGUCCAAGUCCUUGUACACGCAGCCCACUUCACAGCAGCGCCCCUGGUGGACCUCACUCCGACCCACAGUGGCUCCGCCAUGUUGAUGCUGCUCUCCGUGGUGUUCGUGGGGCUAGCGGUAUUCGUCAUCUACAAGUUCAAAAGGAAGAUCCCGGGGAUUAAUGUUUAUGCCCAGAUGCAGAAUGAGAAAGAACGAGAGAUGGUCAGUCAAGUCAGUCACACUGAAAGCAGGCCCCCUGCCCCUCAGACUGGACUGAGGAGGCCUGGCCAGCUGAUAGAUGAGAAGGUGGAGUCACGGCUCAUAGGAGAGUAGCUUUACCCUCCCCUCCCUCCCCUUCUGCUCAACCUGGUGACUCAUCUCUCCGGUUGCAAAGAGCAAGACAAGCCACUCCACCUUCAACGCCAAAGCGGGGAUCUGCUGGGGCACAAUUUGCAAUUUAAGGAAAACCCCCAAAGGCUACAGGCGACCUGCUGAUCAGGAAAGAAUUUCGCUCUUGUCAAGUGCAUCAUCCUCCAUGACCACUAACUUUAUGUUUUUUUUUUUUCUUUCCUUUGUUGUUCUGUUUCCUAUUUUGCCAGGAAGUAUUUCCAUAGUUGCUGAGAAUCAAAGCACAAAAGAAAUCCCUACCUAUGUAAAUGUUUGAAUGGAGGACGCCAGUAAAAACAAAAACAAACAAAAAAUAAAAUAAAAACAAUCAAAAUCCAAACAAACAAACAAACAAACAAACAAACACUGCAUCGGGACUUUUUAAUUCUUCAGACACAGACAACAAGGGUUUUUAGCUUUAAGCCUGUGCAUGUGGACGAUACUUGGAGGGGCAGUGUCCAGGUGCUCUAUUUUAAUGGAAAACACUCCCCUCCCCUUUCUUCUCUCUUUUUUCUGAUCGGUCGUGUUUGUAGAGAAUUCAUAACAUAUACAGGCCAAGGAAAUCUGCAUGUAUUUUUGGAAAUAUUCUUGGCUGUAGAUUUAACAGCUAUUUUAGCAGUACCGGCUGAUGGAUGGAUUAGCCACCUCAGUCCCUUUCCUAAGACACAAAGACAUGCACAGGGGUUUGAAGCCCUGAGCUGUUUCUCUGGUCCACCUGCUGUAUUGCCCUUUCCCCUCCCACAUUACCUUUGGUAGCUCUGCUGGCCAGCAGUGGCCACCACGCUGUUUUCUCCAUCCUGUGAGGCCCCACGGUCAAAGAAGCGAGUUGAAGUUCCAUGUACGCAGGUAGAAUAGCGAAGGAAGGAGGCAGGGAGGCAAGAUGGCAGGAGUGGACCUGUUUCCUGUCCACCCCUGGCACCAUGGCUGCUUCCCUGGAAGCUUUUCCUGCUGCCCCAACUUAGGUAGAAAACAAUGCCAUGAGUCACUCACAGUCUGGCCUCGCCAUCGAUUGCCGUCCACAUGGGGUCACAAUCUGUUGAUGUCUUUGUAUCUCUUCCUUCCAAGACCCAAGAUAUCCUUCAGCUGCUCCAGCCUCCCCAUCCUGAACAUAUUGCUAGAUCCGGGACAUCACCUGAUGUUCCCUGACUAUGACCUCACCUCUGCCAGCCCUGCCCCUGCCACCCGCAAGUUUCUGAUCUCUGUCAAUUUUGUACACUUGCAAGCAUGCCAGCUCCCCUCCACCCUGACCACGGCCCUCCAGGGUUCAGUCUCAUGCACCCUUCGCCUCCUUCUGUAGCACCUUUCAAAUAUCCUUGUCUUUUCCCACCUGGAAACACAUAAUGUGUGCAAGAGCUGAUAUCUGCAAAGCAAUUCAAACCUGGCCAUGUACAUUGGAAAAGAAAGGAUACAGAUGUGUCGAGGUGUUCUCGUAUCUUAACAAAAAAAUCACACACAGUCAGAUUCUAGAAGGUUCUUGUGGGAAAUGUUUUGAACAUAUUUCUAUAUGACAGGGCAGUUCCCCCUGUGACAGUUGCUGUUGCCCAGUAUUUCUUCGCUCGUAGUAAAAUAAAACCGUUUGUAAAAUAAAAGUGAUUUUAAGCCGCAGAAGAAGCAGGUUCAUGGAUUUAUUGUUCCAGGGUGUCACAAAGUCUGAGAAUAUACGCAGGUCUUGUCUUCCACUAGGAUGAGAUUUUAAUUACGCAGGGUGGUGGUUCCGGUUCUUUCGCAGGUGUGCAUUGCUGCCCCCUAACAUCAUAGUAUCUGCAAAGGAAAACUAAUUAAAUAUAAAGGGGAGGAAUUGAUUGACUUAAAGCAGGAGGAAGUUACAGUUUUCCCCAGGCAACCAUGGAAAAAAGGAAAUAAAACCACUUCCAGAGAGUCCCCUGGAAUUUUAUGGAUAGGUCAAAUCCCAUUGUAAAAUUUUGAUAGAAACAGUUUUGAAACACUACACAGAGCUCAGUCUCCUCUGAGCUGGGUCCCUCAGCCAACAGGUAUGACAGGAGGUGCCCAGGUAACCCUUAAGACAUAUGGAAUAAUGGUGGGGACCCCUGCCCGGGGUAACUCAGGCAGAGCAAGCUGAACAAGGCCACAGGCAGAAAGCUAGUCAUGCAGAAGGCUGUGUGGUUGAGCAUGCCCAAUGCGAACCUAGGGAAUGGAUUAUGCCCCACACAGCCAUCUAUUUGCGGAGCUCAAUUGAUCCCCAACCUGCCAGGCUCACUACCCCACAGAAAAUAUCACCAUUGAUCCUCUGCAGUUGGAGGCUCCCAUAUUUAAUUUGGAAAACAAAGGAUUUGGAAAGCAAAAGAAGCUCACUCAAAAUAGCACAGGAAGUCCUCAGAGUCGCGGUUCAGUUCAUUUAAUUGGAAAAUUAUGAAAAAGGAAGUGACACUCUUAAUCUAGCACAGUGCCUUGCCUAGAAUAGGUAUAAUGAAACUUAUUUCUUGAAGGAAUAAAUGAAGGAAUGAAUAACAGAGAAGUCACAGGGAAGACGGGAGUGUUGUAAGUCCUGAUUAAAAGUAGAGGUGGGCAUGAGAUGCCUGGCAGUUUGCAAAGUGACCAAAGCUGGCCCUCUCUAGGUCCAGCAUCUGCAGGUUCCCCUUGUGCCUCUCCCCAGCUGCCCCCACCUGUAGUUCAGAGAGGCAAGGUACCGCCCAUGGGCGCCUUCCAGUCCAUAGGAUCUAGCGCUGUGGUUCUCAGUCCCUGGUGCCUGACCAGCAAGGUCGGCAUCCUCUCAGGCGUGUUCCAGGAGUGGGACCCUGUGGUCCAUUUUUGUAAAUCCACAAUUACCUAUUUGUGAUGCGUGCUGGUUUGAGAAACCCUCGCUUAAGCCAUAGCACCUGGAGCCCAGAGAGCAGGCACGGCGAGAGCCUCUGAUGGGAGAGACCCAAGUGCCUACCUGUUCACUAGCAGCAGGUCCAGACACUGGGAGGAGUUUGGGAGAAUUGAGGCCACAGGGAGGGGGGUGAGGAGGACGGGGAAGGGCAGUUUCAGGGCAUGCUAAGCAUCUGAUAUUGCAGUGUUUGUCCAAAUCCACAAGUCCCCUGAACGAUCCAGCCGACACUUUCUCCUUUGCCUUAUUCUUAAUUGGAUUCCUUGUCCAAAAUGCAGAGGUUUGCUUGCUUUUUUUCAGAAGUUCCAAACAGCAACUUUGAAAGCAGUGGGGUGCUUGGCAGCUGUUCUGUGUUUUCCAGGAUUCCAACUGAGCAUUGAAAUCCCUCAUUUGCCAACUUAUUUUUAUAGGAAGCCAAUUUAAAAAAAAAUAAAUGAAAGUUUUCUUAUAGUAUCGGAACUACUUCUAAUUUUAAAAUGACUUUUUUGAUGUAUUUUUGGUUAAAUACUAUGUAGUGUAAUGUAUAAUUGCUCUUGUUUAUUGCUU